CCCCGUGGCCCCUCCCCGCGCAGGUCCCGACUCCCGCCGCACCUCCUCCGGCUCUGCAGUGGCGGCGGGGAGGCGAGCCGGAGCGCCAGCGGGGCCAGGGCCGGAGCCGAGCCGGGGUCGGGGCAGCAGCGGGGACCCUCGGAGGCGGGGCCAGUGGGACUGCGAUGGGCGUGGAGAUCGAGACCAUCUCCCCAGGAGACGGAAGGACGUUCCCCAAGAAGGGACAGACGUGUGUGGUGCACUACACAGGAAUGCUCCAAAAUGGGAAGAAAUUCGAUUCGUCCAGAGACAGAAACAAACCUUUCAAAUUCCGAAUCGGCAAACAGGAAGUCAUCAAGGGUUUUGAAGAGGGUGCAGCCCAGCUGGGUCCUCUUUCUCCUCUCCCCAUCUGCCCCCAUCCCUGCUAGAUGAGCUUGGGGCAGAGGGCGAAGCUGACCUGCACCCCUGAUGUGGCGUACGGAGCCACGGGCCACCCUGGUGUCAUCCCUCCCAAUGCCACUCUCAUCUUUGACGUGGAGCUGCUCAACUUAGAGUGAAGGCAGGAAGGAACUCGAGGUGGCUGGAGAUGGCGGCUGCUCACCCUCCUAGCCUGCUCGGCCACUGGGACGGCUCCUCCUGCUCGGGGCUCUUGAUCAGUGCGCUAACGUCACAGCCCCACAGCAUUUUCCGUGCUCUGCCCAAGUUGCUCCGUAUGUGUUCGUCAUCGUUCACGCGCAUCUUUGCUUGAGGAAACUUUGGUUGCAGAUCAAAGCAUUUCAGGUUGUGCAUUUUGCGUGAUGCAUGUCGUAGCCAUUUCUGACCACAGAAUACAGAUUUCUUGUUCGCACAAUCUACACUGCCUUACUUAAGCCAGACACACAAGGUGCUCAGACAUGAAAUGUACAUGGUAUACACAGAGGGACUUGAGCCAGUUACCUUUGCUGUCACUUCCUCUCUUAGAAAUUCUGUUGGCUGCUGACUUAUACAAUGUCCUCUUUGGAAAUAUGUAAAAUAAAGGCUAAGUGCUUAACAAA